AAAAAAAACCAACACCCACUCCCUUAUCUCCCAAUUUCCCCCACAGAGCCUCCUCCCCGCUCCAAUGGCCACGCUACUGUUCGGCAGCGGCGGCGGCGUGCUCACCGCCCGCCACAACUUCCCAACAAAUCACCCCCCCCCCGCCUCCCUCUAUCCUUCCACGUGUCCCCCCGCAGCAGCCACGUGCGCGCGCCGAGAGGGCUGGCCUCGUCUAGAACCCGGAGACUGGAGAAGAGAACCAAGAAAGGCGACGAAGACAGAGAAGAGGAUCCGGGUGAGGAGGCAGCAGGAGCUUCUUCUCCUCCUCCUCCUCCGUUUGAGGUUGGUGGUGGAGGAGGAGGAGGAGGAGAUAUUGAGUAUUCGAAGGAGCCGAUGCCGAAGCUGGAAGGAUUGGAGCCUGAUUUCUGGGAGGGCCCUCAGUGGAAUGCUUUCGGGUUCUUCGUGCAGUACAUGUGGGCUUUUGGCAUCCUCUUUGGGCUGAUUUCUGGCGGAAUAGCUGCUGCCACGUAUAAUGAAGGGGCAGCAGAUUUCAAGCAAACUCCAGCGUACAAGGAGUCGAUCCAAUCGAGAGAACUACUAGAAGAACCAGAUGCAUCUAAUGCUGAUGUAUUUGAGGCCAAUCCUACAGAGACUGCACCAAGUUUGGAGUAAUCCUAUCACGGCAAAUUCGUGUGAUGCUGGAUCAUGGAUAUCCUUCUGUACUCAUAAUAGAGUAUAUAACUCACAGGGUAAGGCCAUAUGCCAGGUUUGUCUGAUUAUUAUUUAUAUGCUGUGCUCUCUCCCCUUUUGCAGGUGAAUUUGCAAUACUUUCUUGAUCUCAUCUUGUAAGUUCUUAAAGAAUGCAAGUAGCAGUGUAAUAUUUCUCUUGAUACAAGUAAAGGUUUCCAGAAAUAUAUAAAUUAUUCUUCCUUUUCAGUUUGCUA